AUGGGUUGCUGGUAUAUGGAUAUCAAGGAAUUACAAGAAUAUUUAAAACCAUUAAAAAAGUUAUUGGAAAUUGUGAUAUUUGUAUAUGUAAUAAAUUAUUACGAUAUGUGUUGUAUAAACUUUAUAAUCAAAUUAUUACUCUUAAAGAAUCUUAUUAUAGGAAUUGAGUAUGAUGCAAUAUUCAAUAUAGAUACUGAGCAAUUAGUAUAUAUAUUUUUUAAGAUUAUAAUAAGUAUAUAUGAAGUAUUAGAUAAGAUAAUCUCGAAUCGAGAUAAGCUUUUUAUCUUGAAAUUCUAA